AUGAAUUGUCCUCAGUUUGGCUUUGGCGGAGACGGCAAUCCCUUUGGCGUGCAGUUUAACUUUGGUGACUUCCCACAGCGCUUUGACGAGCACUACCGAGUGUAUCCCGUUUCAUUCUGCGACAAAGCACACCUAGAAGAUGGCGACAAAAUUUUGCUACCUCCUUCAGCUCUUGAGACACUGGCUCGUCUGCACAUUGAAUAUCCGAUGCUUUUCAAAGUGACGAAUGAAGGAGUGGAGCGCUCGUCACACUGCGGAGUACUGGAGUUCAGUGCUCCAGAGGGGAGCUGCUACAUGCCGUACUGGAUGAUGCAAAAUCUGUUCGUGAAGGAGGGCGGAAUUCUCAAUAUUCAGAAUGUGUCGCUGCCCAAGGCGACAUUCGUGAAGCUACGGCCACAGUCGCAGGAUUUCUUGGAUAUCUCCAACCCACGCGCAGUUUUGGAGGGAUCUCUUCGAAAGUUUUCGUGCAUGACGGUGGGCGAUACAAUUUGCCUCAAGUACAACAACAAGAACUACAUGUUGGAUGUGCGUGAGGUCAAGCCUGAGCCUGCUGCCUGUAUUAUUGAGACAGAUUGUGAGGUGGAUUUCGAGCCUCCAGCCGACUACGUCCCCCCUGUACCCCAAUCUGCAGCAGUGGCCCCUCCCGCGGCGCCGUCAGAUAUUCCUUAUGGAGGUGUUCCAACGAUGAAAGCAGAAGACGUCAAGCCUCCUCGUCUCGGUGGCACUGGAUUCGGCAGCGGGUUGCGGCUUAAGAAAAGUGGCGAGAAGAGCUCGACAGAUGCAGAUGCACUGCGUGCUGCUCGCUUGCGCAAGUACGAGGCGUUCCACGGUACUGGUCACUCGCUCAGUGGUAAGACAUCCACAUUCAGUGGCGCUACGGCUGGAGGUACUCGCCUGGGAGGCAGCAGCAAUGGAGGUUACUCUCUCAACGGAAGCAGCAGCGCCAGCAACAGCAAUGACACGACUGCCAAAGCUAAACAAUCGGUGGGCCACCGCCUUAAUGGUGAGGCGGUGGGCGCUUCCGAUGACGAGGAGAUGAAGGAUGAGGAGAUGAAGGAGAACGAAGAGCACAAGGGUGUCGUCCCGUUCCAAGGCGAAGGCCGACGGUUGAGAUAA